CCAGAAAUCAACUUCGUUGCCGCCGCCGCCACCGCCGCCGCCGCCGCCGCCGACGUCAGGCGACGUCGACGACGUUCUCCGUCGCGUACCCCGCGCUACCGUUACCCAAUCCGCUCGUAACUGUAUCUGGACUUAAUUAUUGGGGCUGCCAAAUAACACCGUGAUCUUAUAAAAUUACGAAGCAACCCCAAUAAUUGGAAAAUGUCCGGAUUCGCAGCGGCGGGUCAAAUCUUCGACUCCUUCAAGAUAAAAGCGUCACAGAAAUUAUCCGGAUUCAGAGGAAGUACUACCGGUUAUGAGGAGUUCGAAGCUUCGUGCGAGGGUAGCAAAGACAACAGGGGAUUUGAGGAUGAAAGAGGAUACAGCACGCAGCCUUCGUUCGAAUCGCUUCCGGAGCCAGAAAGACCACCAUUACGGCAUAUCGAUACUUAUUGCAUGCCAGUAUGUCCAUGUCUUUCAGCGAGGUACACUAUGGCGGUACUAGCUAGUUUAGGAUUUGUUAUUUCGUUUGGUAUGAGAUGUAACAUGGGCAUGGCCAAGAUAGUCAUGAAAAACAGUACGGAAGGUGAAAAUAAUACUGUCAAAUUUAACUGGACAGUUGGCGUGGAAAGCGCCCUUGAUUCGUCAUUUUUCUGGGGGUACCUGGUAACGCAAGUGCCCGGUGGUUUUCUUGCGUCGUUAUAUCCUGCUAACAGGAUAUUCGGCACGGCCAUCGCAAUAUCUUCAUUUUUAAAUUUGCUAGUUCCCGGUGCGCUGAAAGUAGACCCUAUCAUUGACAUGGGUGUGCAAGUGAUAAAAGGACUGGUCGAGGGUGUUACGUAUCCAGCAUGUCAUGGUAUUUGGAAAUAUUGGGCACCGCCUCUAGAGAGAUCACGUUUGGCCACAUUAGCAUUUUGUGGAUCGUAUGCUGCAAUGGUGAUAGGUAUGCCGCUUUCUGGAUAUCUGAGUUCCUGGUUUGGUUGGACAGCGUCAUUUUACUUCUACGGCCUGUGCGGUUUGAUUUGGUACUGUAUCUGGUUAUGGUUGGCCUUCGAAAAGCCGUCAAAACACCCUUGUAUCACGGCUCGCGAGUUACGUUACAUCGAGGAUUCACUCGGACAGGGGCAAGUGCAAGCACCCAUGCCCACUCUGUCGAACACUCCUUGGCGCAAGUUUCUCACCUCGAUGCCCGUAUACGCCAUCAUUGUUGCCAAUUUUUGUAGAUCAUGGAACUUUUAUUUGCUGGUACUCUUUCAACCGCGUUUUAUGCACGAGGCUUUUGGCAUGCCGCUUGUCGAGACCGGAGUUAUUGGGUCGCUUCCGCAUUUGUUGAUGACUAUGAUUGUACCUUGUGGUGGGCUGCUAGCGGAUCAUCUUCGUAAACGUGGCAUUAUGACAACAACAAAUGUCAGAAAGGUUUUUAACUGCGGUGGUUUCGGUAUGGAAGCGCUUUUUUUCCUGGUGGUGGCCCAUGCGACAACAUCCAAAAACGGAACCGCGGCUACGGUCGCUCUCGCGAUCGGCGUCGCGUGCAGCGGUUUUGCCAUUUCUGGUUUCAAUGUCAAUCAUUUGGACAUUGCGCCAAGAUACGCCAGUAUCUUGAUGGGCAUGUCCAACGGGAUUGGCACCAUUGCUGGUUUAUUGGUUCCUUUCUUCGUAGAUAACAUCACGGAGAAAAAGGAUCCACAGAGCUGGCGGAACGUUUUCAUCAUAGCUGCAUGUGUUCACAUUUUUGGAGUGACGUUUUACGGUAUUUUCUGCUCUGGCGAGUUACAACCCUGGGCUGAUCCCACUUUGGAAGAACAAAAGAGCUGGAAUCCCAUGGACGAAUUUGGCCAGACAAAACCGCCCCUUCCACCUCCACCAAAAACUAUGCAAUCCGAAUUCAUAAAACAACCGUCCAGAGAUGGAAAUAUCACUGACAAUUGGAAUACUUACGAACAGUCACCGGCUGAAAAUCUGUAUGCACGACAGGACAAUAAGGCGCCUGUAAUAAAUUAUGGUUCGACAGAGGCCACCAACAAUCCAUUUCACUCGACGAAUCCGUUCGCCAGUGAUGUUAACACGUCUUUUGUGCAACCACCAGCAACAGACGACUACACGCAUGACAUCACAUACAAUCAGCAGUAGAACUGAGAACGAUCGACUAUUGGGUAGAGUAAUUGGAUACGAGAAGAGCAGACUGCUUUCCCGAGGUUGUAGAUUAUUCGUAUCGUUAGCUAACAAUCCAAUACUGGCUUCUCAGACAUGUCACAUCUUCAUUAAUUAUAACAAACUUUCCGAAAUUAAAACUAGUCGAAUCAAGUUAAAUUACACUAAUAAUUGUGUUUUAAAGAAAAGCUUGAAAAUUUUAAAAAAUCAAUAACAAUUUAAUUCAAUUUAAAAUAAUAUUAAAUUCGCGACGGUAUUGUUUUCGUUUGUUUAAUGUGAUAAGAUAAGCAAUAGAAGUCAAAAAAUAAUCCUCUUUCUAUAAUAUCAUAAAUUCAUGAUAUUAUUUUGCUAAAAAAUCGUAAAAUACAUGUGUUAAAUGUAACUUAAUAAAUUGGGAAUUAUUUUUGAUAAUAAUGGAAUUGUUUAUCACUAAUUAAAUCUAAUUAUGUCAUGUCUGAGGGUCAUAUGUUAUAAAUAAAAUUUCAAAUAGCAACCAUGAUUUUGGAUUUUACAAAUUAAGAUACAAAUCAUCAAAUAUUAAAACACAAUCUAAGUUUUGUGCAAAGGACGUACAAAAUAUCAAGAAGAGAAAAAAAUACGAAUUUUCUGUUGAGUAAUACCUAAGAGUGCAGAGAAUGGCACUGUGAAUAAAUAAUCGGCUAACUCGAAAUAAUGCAAAAGAAAUCUCGUUAUUAAAUUAGCGUGAUCAAUUGAUAAGUGAACCACAAUUUAUUUACUUUGUCAAAGACACGCAUUUAUAAUAUAGCUUACAUUUAUCGUAAUGUGUAUGAUAAACGAUAGGAAGUGAGUAUAUUCACUUCGCCAUUUAAAAAACGACAAUAAGUCAUUCGCUGCAAACGUGCCUAAUAAAGGAUGUAAAAAUCGUUCUUCCGGUUUAAAAAGUUUAAUCGGAAAAACUUUCUAUUUCUAUUCUUUAUUUCUUUUUAUUUUUCGUAUAUUUUUACUCGUGGAAGUAAAAAAGAAAUUGUAUACAAAACGUGAAACUGCAUUUUAUGUAAUAUAAUUUUAAUAUUUUUUGAAUUUAUAUUCUUCGAACAUUUAUAGAUUAAAGAUUUAUUAAGUCAAGCAUUACAACGCCAUAAUCAACUGUUUUAAUUCUUUUUAUAUACUUUGUAUAUAAAAACAAUAUUCUUUUAAUUUGUAGGAAAAUUUUAUAUCAUUAUUAGUCCCUAAGAAAUUGUUCAACUUUAUAAAAUUUUGAAAGCUUUUUAUUAGGAUAUCCGCGUGCAAUAUUGGCAAUAUUAAUUUGUUUUAUAAAAAGAAAGUAUUAAUUGUAAGUUGCCGCUUAUCAGUGAGAUCUUGGUAUGUCUUAAAAUGACAAUAAUUCAAACCUUCGCGAGACAAUAAUUCUUUUUAUGGACAAUAAUAAUAACAGCGAGGUUUGAGAAGAUGGUAAUCAUGAAAGAUCUCGGUGCGCGCGACAGAGCUCAAUCGCUGAAACUUUUAGGUAUUUCCCAUUCUCCGUAAUGUAUUUAGUUAUUUACGCAAAAUAAUAGAAAUAUAGCAAUAAAGGAGAAAAGUUACGUGAAUCAGUAUAUCAGUAUAAAAUAAAUGAUGUAAAUCGCAAGUAAAGUUACACAUAAAAAUAUGCGAUAUUUUUACGCACACUCAGAUAGUAUAUAAUUCGAUCCAUGAUAACGACGAUAUUAUCCAGCUUAGAUAUUCGAGAAAUAUUUUUAAAUACCCAUUAGACAUAUAUAUCUAAAUUGAAAUGUUCAUUUUUUAAAAUAUUCCUUAACUUUCUGACAUAUAUAUAUAGCGUGUACGCUAUAAUUUACAAGUAAUUAUAAUCUGCAAAAUUUAGAUAAAAUUGAAAAAAA